CAGUUCUCAGCUCCUUUUUGAGCUCCUUAUUUUCUCCUAGACACUGGCAGAAAACAGGUUCCUAUCCCUAUAGCUCUAUUCUGCCUUGUAGAUUCCUCCUUGUGACCCUUCACGUUGGAGGUGGCAGUGGCUGGGCCUGACAUCUAUCAUCACCAGGUCACUUUGGAAUGUAAAAGGAAAUUCCAUAUGCACAAGAUGAUUAGGAAGAUAACCCUCAGCCUGGGAAGACAGGUGUCCUCCGUGGCACGUGGGGCCACCCAGGUGAGAAGACUUCUGCAUGGUGGUUAUGUCAGGAUCCAUCCCUCUGUGCAGGAGGCUCUGGUGGAGAGCAGACCCGUGGUAGCCUUGGAAAGCACCAUCAUUACACAUGGCAUGGCCUAUCCCCUGAAUUUGAGCAUGGCCAGAAAGGUGGAAGAAAUUGUAAGAACAAAUGGAGCGGUGCCAGCCACUGUAGGUAUUUUAAGGGGCCAGAUCCAUGUGGGACUCACAGAUGAGGAGCUGGAGUUCCUGGCAAGCAGUAAAAAUGCAGUUAAAGUGUCUCGCAGGGAUUUUCCUUUCGUCCUCAGCCAGGGCUUGUCUGGUGGCACCACUGUGUCUGGAACAAUGAUCGUGGCACACAAAGCAGGAAUCCCUGUGUUUGUCUCAGGUGGCAUUGGAGGUGUCCAUCGGGAUGGGGAGAACACUCUGGAUGUGAGUGCUGACUUGACAGAGCUCGGACGAACACCGGUGGCUGUUGUAUCUGCAGGAGCCAAGUCUAUCCUGGAUAUUGGCAGGACACUGGAAUAUCUGGAGACCCAGGGUGUGUGUGUGGCUGCCUUUGGAGAAUCAAGGGAGUUCCCAGCCUUCUUCUCCCGCCAGAGUGGCUUCCAAGCACCAUACCAUGUCCAGGAUGAAGAGGAGGCAGCUAAACUCAUUGACUGUGCUCUGGGGCUGGGGCUGGGCAGUGGGGUGCUGAUAGCAGUGCCCUGUCCCCAGGAGCGAGCUGCCCAGGGCCAGGUCAUUGAAGAGGCCAUCCAGCAAGCUCUCAGCCAAGCCAGGUCCAAAGGAAUCACAGGCAAAGAUGUGACCCCCUUUUUGUUACAGAAGCUCAUAGAGUUAACUGAUGGGAAAUCAUUGGACUCCAACCUUGCACUGAUCCAGAACAAUGCCAGAGUGGGCAGCUGCAUUGCAGUGGCCCUCAGCAAACUGCAGAAAGCCAGGAGGAAGAGGAGCCAGCCUGGGCAAAAGGACAUGAGUGCACCCCAACCAGUGGUGAUUGGCGGUAUCAACGUUGACUUUAUAGCCAAGGCACAGAACCCUGAGAUCCUGGGCGGUGGGCAAACAAAUGCUGGAAGAGUGAGACGAGCCUUUGGCGGUGUUGGAAGGAACUUGGCAGACUGUUUAAGCCGCCUUGGACAAGCUCCUCUCCUUUUAUCAGCCGUGGGGAAGGAUGAGCAUUUAGAGUCUGUCCUGCACUACUGCCACCACAUGGACAUGAGCGGCGUCCUUCGGCUGGAGGGGGAGAGCACAGCCACUUACUGUGCCGUCAUCAGCAGUGCUGGGGAGCUCAGCCUUGGCUUGGGAGACAUGGACAUCCACCAGCAGAUAACAGAGCAAUAUGUGUCCCAGUUCAAGGAGAAGCUGUGUCAGGCCCCACUUGUUUGCAUUGAUGGAAAUGUGCCUCUCUCCACUAUUCAGUACGUCUGCCAAGUAGCCAGAGAGCACCAGCUAGCAGUGUGCUAUGAGCCAACAGAUGAGAACAAGGCCUCUAAGCCAUUCCUCUCAGACAGCUGGAAAGCACUCACAUACAUUUCCCCCAACCUGCAAGAGCUGAGAGCAAUAAAUCGGACCCUCGGGAACCCUGUGCCAGCAGAGCUGCCAUCCAGGUUGGAGGAUGCUGUCCAGGCUGCAGUGGCCCUGGCCUGCCCUUUGCUGUCCCACCUGCAGUGUGUGGUGGUGACCCUCGGUGCUCACGGCGUCCUCCUGUGCGGCAGGAGCCUGGCAGGGAGCAUCUCCCUUCAUCCAGGAGCUCACAGACAGGCUGCUGCUGCCAGGCUCUGUGCUGCCCACUACCCCGCCAUCCCCAUCAGCAGGGAGGAGAUUGUCAACGUCUCAGGAGCUGGUGACAGCUUAAUGGCAGGAAUCCUUGCAGGGGUGCUUGCUAAACACGACACAGGCACGUGUGUGCGGAUGGGUCUGCUGGCUGCCAGCUUGUCUCUCCGUUCCUAUGAGCCCAUUUCCCCAGAAAUCAGCACUUCCAGUGUCAGCCAGGAGCAAGUCAAGAGCAGGAGCUGGCCAGAGGCAAAGGUAUGGAAGAUGGACUAGAACACUGUGCCUUUCUCAUCCAUCACCUCAUUGCACUUGCAGCAAUCCUGUUUUCAGGAACGGGACUGUGUUUUGAGCUUUGAGAACAUUUAUCUGCUUCAGUCCUGAGUAAACCCUCAAGAAAGGAGGCCCCUACCCAGGGAACUCCUGUGGAAUGAAAAGCUGAUUUCUGGUCUUUCAGACCUCCUGGUUUUCUGGCCUCCAGGCCUUCUAGAUUUUCUAUUGAGGGAAUUGUCUCUUCCUCCACCUUGUAUCACUGUUGUCCAUUAUCACAGUGGCUCCUCUGUCAUUGACUCCUGGAUUUUCAGGACCAUGUUUCUUCAGCUGGGCCCAGCAGCAGCAUCUGCUCUUGCUGUUUACUCUCUCCUAUCCAAGAGGUCCCAUGGAUCACAACCUGUGGCAGGGUGCAGCUGGCAGGAGCAUGACACUGUAGGAUAACCUCAUUCAUCUUCCCAAGCCAGCCAGCACACACCACACCUUCUUGCUCUGAAGUCCAAUGCCUCUGGAGAAAGUAAGCAAGACAAAGUAAAGAAGAGUGACCAGGGACCAGCUGGUGGCCUUUAAAAGAGGACAGCUCCUUGUUCCACGUGCCUUCCUUCCUCCUUCUUUAGUCCUGAGUAUCAAGUCUGAAGCAGAAGAGAUGCAAGGGAGCCAAGGCAUCUCCCAUGGAAGCCAUGAGGAAAAGCCACCUUCUCUCUCUAAGCCUGAAAUGUGCACAGGAUGAAACUGUGGGUGCCAACAGAUCGGUGAACACUGAAACUCAUUAAAACUGAUUUCUAGUAGAGCUGGGGCUCAAUGCUGGUUGGUUCCUAAACCUGACUGGUAGUAAACCUGGAGUACAGACCCACCCUCCUUUUUAUCCACGGUCAGACCCCUUGGCUGAGGAGCAGCUCCCUGGUGUCUGACACAGCACUGAGGUCAACCAAAGCUUAAUCAGAGCAGCUCUAACACCACUCUCCUGGGUGGGCUCUGCUGUUUAACCAGUGAGCUUCCACUGGAAUGGAUGGAGGCAUUAACUGGGUGCCUUUCCUCCACCUGAGGCUACUCCACCAGCCUCAUAGCAACUCCUUCCCACCUUUCCAUCAGACAUACAGACAUUUACCAUCAGUUCUCCUUUAUUGAAACCUUGUUUGCAGCUGUGGUUCAGCUGAAGGAUUCUGUGCUAGAUGCCAUGCACCCAUGUGUGUACCUGAGCAGGGACAGGCUGGCUGUGGCAGAAGGGUGCUGGGAUGUUUGGGAACACACAGGAGGGGGACUGGGGCCCAUGUAAGCAGCUGGGUUUGCUCACAAGCUGGAGGUGGGACACAGCAGGGGCGGGGGAACAGGGCUGUGCCCCCAGGGUACGUCCCUGCACUAUAAAAACUCCUUUGGCUGCAUCCAGAGUCAGGGGAAAGCAGCAGCUUCCACCUCUGCUACUGACUCCUAGAGCCUUGUCCAGGCAGGAGGACCCUGAGCAAAGGCAGGACCUGAGGAUGAAGGUCCAGGCACUGGCAGUCACCACGCUCCUCCUGGUGCUGCUCUGCCCAGCCCCAGCACUGUCUGGGGUCCUGGGGAGCCAGGCUGGCAUUCUGCAGAAGCAGGCAGAGGCUGGGCUCCCUGGAGAAGCCCCUUGGCCACCUGGACAUGGAGGGGACAAGCUGCCUGGGCAGGGCUCAGAGAGAAGGAGCCACCCUCUGGCCAGUGCAUGGAAAGUGAUGAGAGAGGCACAGCCCAGCUCCAGGUCCCUCAGCAAGGCCACGGCCGGGGCUCUGCUGGGCAGUGGGGAGCAGGCUGCCUCUGGCAAGCCCUGGAGGCUCCCCCUGCAGCCCUCCCGCAGCAGGACGGCCAGGCUGAGCCAGCACCUGAAGGACUACGGGAAGUUCAACAGCGACACGGUAAGCACAGCGAGGGAGAGGGUUUGGGUUGGGGCUUGCAGGAUGAGAGGGGCACCAGUCAGGAUCACACAGGACAGCAGGACAUGCUGAGCAUGCCAUGAUCCUGCAAACACCAGGUAGAAAAGGUGUUUUCGAGGCCAUUCCUCUUAAGAUGCAUGUAAAGGUGCCACUCACAACAUGGCUUCUCAACACAGCGUGGGUCUGGGUGCUGGGAAGGGAGUGGGGCAGGGACACCCCCAGAUCCCAGCUGGUACCUGGCACAGCUUAGAGCAGAGCUGAUGGCUGUGAGCAGCUCAGGAGGAGAGCGCAGGUCUGGCUGCAGUUGUCCCCAUGUGCUGCCCCCAGAGCAGCAGGGACAGUCCUGCUCCAGCCCCAGCCCCUGCAGGGUUCAGGAACAGGAGGGGAACACUCCCCACAGUGUUCACUCCCUGCAGUGCUAACAGAGCUCUGCCAGCUCUGCAAUGGGGGCACCAUGCCCUGAUGCCCUGCUGGGGACAGCCCCUCUCAGCACUGCCCUGAGGGAGGCACAGCCCUUCUCUGCCCAUGGGAAAUCUGCUCCACAGGCCCAGCACAGCAUCCCACAAGUAACCAACUUCUCCUUUAGCAAACCCAAACCACACUUUGGUGGCACACAAGUAGACCUUGCCUUAACCACAAGUGCUGGGUGAUGCUGUGCCAGAUGCCACUCAGCUGGGGCGGGUGCCACCACAGCAAAAGGGCAGAGGCACUCAGGGGUGUGUUGUGGCUGUGGUGGCCAGCUUAGAGUGCUUCCAGCCAAAACCAGUAAUGAACUGCCCCUGGAGCCCUUCCUUGGGCCCCAGCUACUCCAGCUCCUUGCAGUGAAGCUGCUGCUCUUGACCCUGGCGAGCUGCUUGUGCUGUGACUGCAGAGCGAUUAUGCAGCUGUGACUGGGCUGGUCCUGGCUGCCACAGGCAUUGCAGCCACCCCUUCCCUUCUCCCUGCAGCACUCCUGCCCCAGCAUCCAGUCCCGGCCCUGCCAGAAGCCCUCUGACUGCGGGGGCUGCCUGGGGCUCUACACCUGCAAGCUGCCCGCUGCCACCUGCCACCUGAAGGCUGUCUCCAGGCAGAGAGGUGAGUUCUCAUCUCCUGGCAACGGGCACCAGGGAUCCCCACGUGCUGCAAAGUGCAAACACACCCCCUUGGCUGCUGCACUCCAAGCCCAUGCCUGACUGCCCCUGCAGGGCUGGGUUUGGUCUCCUGACUGCCCAGGGCUGUCUGUCCUGCCAGCAGUAGCUACAGAAUCAACUGCAUGGUGGAUGGGGCAUUCCCAAAAGUUUCAGGGAGGGCUGGGAUUUCACAGGUGUCCUGAGCUGUUGCAGGACACCAACAGCCUGUGCUGGAAAACCAAGGAGGGGUACAGAGCCUGGAAUUUAGUCAGUAGCUUGGGAGUGAGCAAGUGCAGUCCUGCACAUCACGGGCCCUGCAGAGCUGCUCACAUUGGUGUGUGAGAGCUGUUUAACUAGGCAAGAACUGCUAGGGAGCAGAGAUCACAGCUUUUAAUGUUUAACCAGUGUCCUGAUUCUCAAGUACCCUUUGGUACAUCCAUCCUGCCCCCAGAUUGGCCCCUUCCCUCAGCACGUUUGCCUACACCCAUGUACACAUGGUCAUGGAGUAAAAACUCACCUAAGGCCACUAAACACAGAGACCCAGCUCUGGUGCAGGAAACCACCCUGGCAGGUGAAGUGGGCAAGUUUAAUGGUUUUGUACUGUACAGUCUGUGUGUAUAGCAUAUAGGGCAACAUACCCCAGUGAAUGUGCUCUGCUCAUGGUCUUCUCUGGUCACCUGCUGCUGGCAGCCUCCACAGGACACACAGACCCAUGGGCACACCCAGCACAGAUGGUCUUAUGGCUUUUCCUUACAGGUGGCUUCCUCCAAAGCAUACAGAGCCCUUAGAUGGAGAGUCAAGCUCAUCUUGGAGCAGCAUAGCUCAAACUAAAGCUGAAGAGGCUGACCUGCAGCUGGAGAUCAACACUUCCUGUCCAAGUUGCAUUUUAAAUCCUUAAUGACACAGUUGUAAAUACUUCUUUCAUUGUACUUCUCUUGUUCCUGCUUUUUAACGUCCCCUUUGGGUUUUGUACACUAUGUAGGCUUGAUUCCCACUUUCUUGAGAGCAGACAAUAAAUGCAGUGAGUGGUCAUGGA